CAAAAGUAGCAACGAUCUGAACCUGCAUCAUGGCAGUAGCAUUACUACUAAUCUUAAGUGACGACUCAGGUAACUGAAAUACACAUCAGAACAAUUCGCGAGUACCAAAUUAUUAUGCCUGUCCCCCACUACGGUGUCUGGGCUUGUCGCCCAUUUGACUACUACGCCGAGGGCCGUGGCCAACCCACGCCGCACAUCUACCUCUACUUCAGAGACGACUCGUCCGGCAAGCGAACUGCUGCCAUCAAUGUCAAAUCCAGCGGCAAAGAAUCUCGUCUGGUAUAUUGGGUUGAUAAAGACUUCACCCAUCCGAUGACCGACAAGCUCGACACCCUGGAGCUGGGCUUCCAUCUAAUUCAGGAUCCCAACAAUAACCAUAAUAAUGGCACUCAACAUCGCCACCAUGAACACCGCCACUUCCGCUAUAAUCACUAUACACCGAGUCACAACGACCUGGAGGGACUUGACUACUACCGCACAAAAGGCCUUGUGAACAUUCUUGCCGGCGAGGUCCUCAAGCACGACAUCGACGGACCUGACAAUGACAUUCUGGAUAAGCUAGAGCCCAUCAUUCAGGCGGCUAUCAAUGAUGAAAAAGCCACUGCCUAUAUUUUCGGCGCUUCGUUCGGAUCUGGAAUUCAUAACAUUCAUAUGAAUCAGGGCAGUCUGCCCAAGUAUGACAAUGGGAUCUACUCGGAUGGUGGGUUGUUGUUCAAGUUCUCUGAUGGGCACUGGGAGGCGGUGUUUCUGGCCUUUGCUUCGCAGAGACUUCCUACGGGUGAUGAUGGGGAGGCGGAGAGAGGUAGUGAGAGCUUGUUGCAAAUUAUUCGGGAGGCGGUCGGGUCCUGAGGUCUGACUGAUGCUGAUAUAAUGUAUGGAAUCAUCUUGAAACAGAUUGCUACGUAAUAGUAUGGGCCCAGGUGCAGCUUUAUUAAGUGUGACAAUUUGAGUAUGAUUGAUCGCUUUGCGA